AUGCAUCGACUUUUUGCUGAGCUGGAGCCAUCUGUAACCGUCACAGAGCAAAACCUGGCAGACCGAGUUCGGUAUAUCUUGCGCUCAAAUACAUUUGAUGUCGCCGAACUCGAACGGCUACGACGUGAGGCUGUUCCCUCGUCGGGUGAGAAUGCUACGGCUGAGGAUGCGGCGCCACAACUGGUAGAGCAAACGGCAAAUGUGGAUGCCGCCGUGAAUACCCCAGUUGUGGUUGAUUCAAACGAUGAUGGAACAGUCGCCCAGGAACUGGAACUAGAGCAAAUGAGGAGUACAUUGGAAGAGGCGAUUGUGGAAACGCGCAGUACGACUCUCGAAAAUCGACCGCGACUUCCCCGCAUAGCCCUAAGCAAGCGGAAUCGGGCUGUCGUGAGGGCUCUGAACCCAAUGCUGGUUACCUAUUUGGAAGCCAGCCGGGACCUUUGCGAGACGGACUCAAUUCUUUUUGGCGCCGCGCUGGCAGUCUGCCGUAUCAUAGGCGCCAAGGUUUCCACGGCUGGACGCGCUACUGGCCAUAGUAGCGCUAUCCCAGCCUGGAGAAGAAAAAUUGAGGAACGUAUCGCAAAGGCUAGAGCUCUCAUCGGCAGACUGAUAUGCUUCAGAUCAGGCAACAACAGGCCAAUAAUUGUGCGCACCGUCAGGAUGGCGUUUGCUGGGACAAAUGUCAGUUUGUCCCAGCCGGAUAUAACGCAAAAACUGACGGAGCGCAUAGACGACCUGAAGCAGAGAAUCGCUGCUUGGGGAAAGCGGAUUCGGCGAUAUACCGAGAGGUCGACACGGUUCAACCAGAAUCGUCUCUUCCAGAGUGAUCAGAAGAGGCUCUAUGAAUCAUUGGAGCGACCAAUGGUAAGUGGAACGGGUCCAGCACCGAAUCAGGCCGACACGGUAGCAUUCUGGCGCGGCCUGUGGUCAGAGCCCGUAAACCAUAGCGAGGGCCCUUGGACGGAAGUUGUGGCGAGUCAGUGUACGGGUAUUACGCCCAUGGACCCCGUCAUCAUAACGCCGGAUGACGUAGCUGAGGCGGUCCGUAGGACCCCGAACUGGAAAAGUCCGGGGCUCGACGGGCUGCAUCACUACUGGCUGAAGGGGUUCAUGGUGUGUCACUCUGUGCUCGCCCGACAGUUUCAAGAGGCUCUCAACCAGAAGUCGCUCCCAAGCCUCUUCACUACUGGGAUCACUCAUUUGGUUCCUAAAGACCAGGACGAUGAUGGAAUAGUCCCCCACGAACUAGAGAAAAUGAGGAGCAUAUUGGAAGAGUCGAUGCUGGAAACGCGCAGCAUACCUCUCGAGAAUCGACCGCGACUUCCCCACAUUCCCCUUAGCAAGCGAAAUCGGGCUGUCGUGCGGGCUCUUAACCCAAUGCUGGUGACCUAUUUGGAAUCCAGCCGGGACCUUUGCGAGACGGACUCAAUUCUUUUUGGCGCCGCACUGGCAGUAUGCCAUAUUAUUGGCGCCAAACUUCCCAUGGCUGGACGUGCUACUCAACAAGGUAGUGCCAUCCCAGCCUGGAGAAAAAGAAUCGAGGACCGUAUCGCAAAGGCAAUGUCCCUUAUCGGCAGACUGACAAGCUUCAGGUUGGGUAAUAUUAGACCGAGAGUUAUGCGCACCGUUAGAAUGGCGUUUGCUGGGACAAAUAUUAGUUUGUCCCAGCCGGAUAUCACGCAGAAACUAACGGAGCGCAUAGAUGACCUGAAGCAAAAAAUCGCUGCUUGGGGGAAGCGGAUUCAACGAUUUAGCGAGAGGUCAAGGCGGUUCAACCAGAAUCGUCUCUUCCAGAGUGAUCAGAAGAGGCUCUAUAAAUCAUUGGAGCGACCAGAGGUAUGUGGAGCGGGCCCAGGACCGGAUCAGGCUGACACUGUCGCAUUUUGGCGUGGCCUGUGGUCAGAGCCCGUAAACCACAGCGAGGGCCCUUGGAUUGAAGUUGUGGCGAGCAGAGUGCAAGUGUUACGCCUAUGGACCCCGACACCAUAA